CGCGCUUCCCCGUCGCACGACGCGCCCGCGCGUGCGUUUCAUGCGCCGCGUCGUCAAGUUCUUCCUCUUCGCCGCGAAGAACGUCAAGCUGCUGCGCGACCGCGACGGUUGGACGUGGACUGAGGAGACGCUUUGCCGCGGGUGGGGAAUUUUUUUAAUAUACCUCGCGCGAAAGACCGUGUUCUGAGCGGCAUGGCGGCGCGAGGGAAGGCAGCGACGGACGGCGCGAACGCGGAGAAGCCGCCCGCGCCGUCCGUCAUGAAGCGGUUCGUGCACGCCAAUCAGGAGCUCGCGCGUCACAACGCGAAGCUGCGUCAAGAGCUCGCGUCGGCGAAACGACGCGCGGACAUCGCGACGAACGCGGUGAAGCAGGCGAACAUCAUGACCGCGCUGUUGCGGCAGCAGAAAGAAGAGAUCGCGCGCCAGAAGGCGCUCCUACUGGUGAGGACGUCGAGCGCGAAAACACGCGCACUUUUUUUAAAAAACCCGCUCUCAGGCGCUCGCUCACGUCUCCGCCCCCGCGUCGCGCGACCCUACGCCUCGGCGAAGCUUCACGAGGCGAACGACGAGGUCACGAAGCUCAGGAUCCAGGUCAACGCGACGAAGAGCCUGAAAGAGCUGCAGCAGACGCUCGAGGCGCCGACGCUGCGGAACUUGCGGAUGCACAAGGCGCAGCCGUCUCCCGCGGCGGCGGCGGCGGCGGCGGUCGCGGACCCCGCGAUCGAUCUGCGCUCGCCGCUCUCCCCCCAACGCGCGCCGACCGCCGCCGCGCCGCCGUCGCCGUACGACUUCACCGGGUUCUCGCCCGCGGCGGAGGACCCGGACGACGAGCACUGGGAAGACGCGCCGACGGAGCUGGACGACGCGCCGUCGCGGUCGCCGUCGCCUUCGCCUUCGCCGCCUUCACCGCCGCCGCCGCCGCCGCCGCCGCGCGACACCCCCGUCGCCGCGAACCCCGUGCCGAGCGCCGCGGCGAACUUCCGCGGGUUCGCCGCGACCGGCCUCGACUCCGCGACGCGCGCGACGCGAGGACGCACGCCCGUGUGCUACGCCGAGCCGAGCCUGCGCGCGAAGAUGCGUCGGCCGUGGUCGCCGAAAAGGCGAAAGCCGAAGAGUAAGCCGCGGUCGACGCGCGGGGGAGACGCGACGCCGGAGCCGUCGCGCGUCGUCCCUCGCGACGGACGGAUGGACACGCCCGCGACGGAGGCACGCUGGACGGACGACGUCGCGGAGGAAGCGGCGGCGGUCGCGGCGGCGUUGGAGGAGGAGGAGGAGGAGGACCCGCCGCCGCCGCCGCCGCCGCCGCCCGAGCCGGAGAUGCCGCCCUCGGCGUCGGCGCUGUUCUCUCCCGCGUACGUCACGUCCCGCCGCCGCCGCCGCGCGUUCGCGCCCCCCCCCGAGGAUACGUCGAUCGACGCGGCGACGACGUUCGAGAAGCCGCCCGUGCCUCUGUUCCACGAGGCGGCGACCGAGGCGACGGGACGGACGGACGCGGACGCGCCGUCGCCGCCGUCGUUCGAGCGCGAAUCCCUCCCGGACACGCCCCCGGACCCGGAGGAGACGUCUUCUGAGUCGCCGCUGCUGUGCGACGCGUCGAUGUCGUUCAACGUCGACCUCGAGGAGGCGUUCCCCGCGACGCCGUCGCUGAUGCACCACGUCCCGCCGCGGCGCGCGACGGCGCAGACGAACCGACGACUGUCGUUCGCCGCGGUGCUCAGCUCGGCGGCGUCGCUUCCGACCCCGGAGGAGGAGCCGAGCGCGUCGCCGUCGUCGCCGCCGCCGCCGACGUGCGAGCGCGCGCGAAGGCAGGCUGGAUCGCACGCCGACUACAAGGAGCCGUCCGUGAACCGCAAGAUGCGACGGCCGGACUGA